GCGCCGGUGUGGAGAAUUACCGUGAACCCGCUUUCCCACGGGUGAUCGCUAAUGUUUUUUUGGAGCAGAGGGGCUCUGUUGCACACGCGCACAAUAUAAAUAGAAAACCACGGAGAAUGUGACGACAGCAGGAGUGGACUACCGAGGCAGACUGAGCCGUGAAUGCAAAUGGGAGUAGUGAUAGGAGUUGGCAGCAGAAGGGCUAGAAAUGAACUAUUUUUUGCUGCGCCUAGUUUGGGUUUUACUUUUGUUUUGGGGCUUUCAGACCGUGUACAGUUGUAACUUUUGACUUUUUCAAAAAUAUUUUUUUUAGGGGUUGGUUUAGGAGGCCUUUAGUGUAAGUGACUGAUAAGCUGUGUGUGUUAUCGUGUGAUAUUACUUACGAUUGACAAGCUACACCGGAGAAUAGGACAACCCCAACGCACUCGAUCUAGCCGACACUCGGUCGAUAGAAAGACCCUAACUUCCUGCCAAGCUUGUCUGGUGCAAACGGAUACUCUCUCCCCUCUCUUCGUUUUUAGGGCUGAUAAACUAGCCGUAGGAAGGUCUUGGGUGACACAUGUGAUUGUAAUGACCCUCCUACCCUUCUCACAGAAACGAUACAAUGAUAUGUGAGCGGAUUGUAGGUGUGUGAGUGAGCUGCAGUGUUGUUACGUUGUAGCAGAGGAAGGCUUCUCUGGGGUUCGGUGCACGGCUACUUCCUGGUACAACAGAGAGAGGCAGUGCUGAGUUAAAAACACCAAAUAGACACAUACUGAGAAGAGGGAAGGAACGAGAGAAACACUUGGCCUGUUUCCAGAAAUAUAAACCGUCGUUAUCUUGUGUAUAUCUCUGUUAUUUCAACGAUUCGAGGGAUUUUGAAGGGGCGAAUCAAGAAUUUGUUUGGAUGCCGAGGGAAGGUCCUGUUGGUUGGGGCUAAAAAGGAAUCGUAGCGGGGAGGAAGAACAUAGCCCUCCCAACGGCGGAGAAGCGUCGCACAGGUUUUCUUUCACACCAUUGUUUUUUUUUUUAAACAUUUAUUAUUAUAACGUCUUAGUGUAUUUAAUAUUUUCGAUAGACGAGGUAAGUUAACGGAAGAUAUGGGUUGUUUGGGCAACAGCAAGACUGAAGAUCAACGCAUCGACGAAAAGGCACAACGAGAGGCGAAUAAAAAAAUUGAAAAACUGUUGCAAAAAGAAAGACAAGCAUAUAAAGCGACGCACCGGCUGUUAUUAUUGGGUGCUGGAGAGUCCGGGAAAAGUACUAUUGUGAAACAGAUGAGGAUUCUACACGUCAAUGGUUUUAAUGCAGAAGAAAAGAAACAGAAAAUACAAGAUAUUCGGAAAAACGUGAAGGAUGCGAUAGUGACGAUAGUGUCAGCCAUGAGCACCUUGAUACCCCCAGUCACUCUAGCCAACCCCGAAGACCAGUUCAGAAUCGAAUACAUCAAAAGCAUAGCUCCUCUCUCGGAUUUUGACUACACACAGGUAAGAUGUCUGUUUUAGGUUUUCAUUUGUGUGUGUGUGUGUGUGUGUGUGUGUGUGUGUGUGUGUGUGUGUGUGUGUGUGAGAGAGCUUGGUGUGGUCACCAACAGUGGAUUGAUUUGAGACAUGUAUAAUACCUGUCAGAUAUAUCAUGUAGGUGUUCAGCAGUUGUAAUAAUGGAUGCCAUUUUGUUCAACUUUGCAUUUAUGUUUUUAGUUCCUCUUUUUCAUUCCUCUGAGUUCCCGAUGCAGACCGUUUCCUCCCCCGGCUCCCCGUUUCACCACCCAGGCUGCCCGUUUCCCCCCAAGCUGCCCGUUUCCCCCUGCCUUGUGGCUGUGAGGGAAGAUUGGAAAUGUUGUUUGACUUCUGUAUCUUCCUUAAUCGACAGAUACAUUUCAACUUUUGUCAGUUUAGUGAUGGAGUUUCCUCUUCAGUUUAGUUCCCCGUCAGUCUCCCAAAUGACACCCUAUUCCCUAUAUAGUGCACUACUUUAGACCAGGGCUCAGAUUGGGCCAUAUUAUCCAUCUGGGAACAUGAGGAUGGAUGCAGUCUCCCAAAUGGCACCCUAUUCCCGACAUAGUUAUUUAGGGGCUCCCCGAGUGGCGCAGCAGUCUAA